AUGUCAGACUCCAUAGAUCGAGUAUUCGUGAAAGCCAUAACCACAAUCAGAGCUUUGUCCACGCGUACAAAUCACGGCCUGUUGCCUCGCCCUCCGGCAGAAAAUCGAAUCAAACUCUACGGAUUAUAUAAGCAGGCAACCGAGGGAAAUGUGCAAGGUAUAAUGUCUCGGCCGGAGGGGUAUACCAUUGAAGACGAAGGCGCAAAGAAAAAAUGGGACGCCUGGAAAAGGGAAGAGGGGCUCUCCAAAACACAGGCAAAGAGAAGGUAUAUUCUGUAUCUAAUUGAAACGAUGAGAGUCUAUGCAAGUGGCACGCCGGAAGCUCGUGAGUUGCUCAGUGAACUAGAAUACUUAUGGGAUCAGAUCAAGGACAUGGAUUCUGUCGACGAAGAAUAUGCUUUCCCUUCAUCUAUCCCUCACUUUCCACACAAUAUCACCAGACUGGUGAUAUCCAAUGUCGACCAAUCGGAUCGUUUUUCAACAGGGACCCCGUGGCCGAUGCGGAGCAAUUAUUCUGCGCUGGUUCUGGCACAGCAACACAGGAGCAAUCUCGAACAAAUUUACCUGCACUCUCGAAGAAGCACACAGAUUUGGAACAACGACAUCAGUCAACAACUCAGAUCAAUUGGUCCGCUUUCCCAUGCUACCGCUACAAAAGAGACCGGAAAACCAGCAACAUUUACAGGCGUAUCUGCAUCUGUCCCUACUCCAAACUUAGAAGAUUUUAGAGCAUGGCAAAGUCAAGUGAAUUUGAUCAUCAACAAGCUCAGUAAGGAAUCUGCCCUCACUAAGCAAUCCACUUCACAAUCACAACCUCAUACACCAGAAAAGGAAACAGAUCCUCGGGAAAAGCUAAAACAAACAGUGGUUUAUUUGCUCAAACGUGUCGGAAAGGGUGCAUUCUAUCUCCUUAGAAAUUUUGCGAUUAGUCUGUUUGCAGUUCUUUUCAUUACAUGGUGCGUGAACAGAAGUGUUGUUGUCCAACGGACGAUUGUGAAGAAACAGUUGCAGGGCAAGAGUCAAAAAGAGCUUGUGAUAAAUAUGGCGAUUGACACCGAUGAAAACAAGUGGUUCAUUCGGCUACUCACACUUAUCAACAAGUUUGUCGGAUUUGUGUAA